GGUAAGCAAGGGAGUCGGGAGCAGCGAGCGAUCCGUAGUGUCAGCGUCGCGGCCACUCUGAGCGGGGCGCGCAGUUCCGCGCAAAAGCACAGCACGAUCGAAAGCUGCCACGCAAGUCCAACUGCAAUCGAGGCCUGGCGGUGCAUCAGCGGUUUUUGCAUCGGAUCGAGUCCGAGUCGCGUCGUCCUGCCGUUAUUAGCCGAGAGCAAGACCCGCGAGGACUGCGAUCGAUCGCCUUGGGGCACGUUCGAUUAGUCGCGAUUAGCUGAGCUGACGACGAAUCGCCUGCUGAAACAUGGACGUCGGCGGUGCCUACGGGGGUGGCAAGGCAGGUGCUGCCUUUGAUCCGAUCGCCUUCGUGCAGAGACCUCAGGUCAUCCUCCGAGCAGUUUGCCUCCUGUUUUCCAUUAUUGUUUUUGGAUGCAUAAGUAGCAAAGGAUAUAUUGAAGAGGACGGAAAAGAUAUAUGUCUGUAUAACAGAGAUGCAAAUGCGUGUAACUAUGGCACAGGCAUUGGCGUCAUAGCCUUUUUGGCAAGCAUCGGUUUUUUAGCCGGUGAAUAUCUUUUCGAACAAAUGUCGUCGGUCAAGACAAGAAAGCACUACGUUUUGGGAGACCUCGGCUUCUCUGGAUUCUGGUCAUUUCUUUACUUCGUUGGGUUUUGUUAUUUAACUAAUGCCUGGAACAAAUCCACUCCGGCGAGCGACUAUGGUAAAAAUAAUGUGCAAGGAGCCAUUGCGUUCUGUUUCUUUUCCAUUUUUUCUUGGGCAGGAUGUGCAUGGUUCGCAUUUCAGAGAUUCAAGCAGGGAACCGAUGCCGCAUUCACUCAGAGCUAUGAAGCUGACCCAUCGCAGAGCCAAGGAUACACGAGUUACCCUGACGCAACAGACGCCGCAUAUCAAGAACCUCCCUUUGGUCAACAGCAACAGAGAGGAAUGGGCGAUUUCCAGGCUCCUACUUAUUAAUCGGCCAAACAGUGCACAACCAACGACUAAUACCCAAUGGUAAUUUUUGCGAUAUAACAAGAGCGUUAUGUUAUACUCAUGUAGGAUCUGGGUCAAUCAUUGAUCUUAUGUAAAAUCAAUCAUUUCUUUUGUUUUUUUUGCCGCUAAUUGAUUUUAACAAUGCAUUUAUUUUUAAAAUAUAUCAUUAAAUUUUUUUUCAAAGCCAAAAACAUAAUAAAUAAAUUAAUUUGGAUUUACAUCAAGUGAUCAAUCAUUGUUUCAUGAGAUUUCAGGACAAAUAACACAUUAAUUGUAUAAAAUAAUCGUUAUUAUAUAGAAAAAUAAACAAGUAUAAGGGCGCAACAAAGGGAACCAAAAGUGAAUGUUAAAAAGCGUAAAGUAUAAAGAUUGUGCCAUAAAAAAGGCCUCAUGUUAAGUCAAGAUAUAUUAAAUUCUACAAAAGUAGAGACCGAUCCUGUUUAAAACCUAAAAUGAUCAAUAAUUCCAGCACAUUUAUGUAUAAUGUAUAUUUGAAUGUCUUCAAAAAUAAGCAUUUGAGAAAAUGACAAAAUUAGUUUGAAAACAAACUUUUUUGUUUUCUCUGCUUGUUUUCUUCUUAUUUUAAAUUUAAGAUGAACGUUCACUACCGGAUAAAAUAAAAACAUGCAAAUUUUGCGACCUCAUAGAUACAUUAUAAUCAAGUAUUCAUGCAAAAAACGUCCAUACUCAUAUUUUAUGGAUCUUUGAUUCGUUAAAUUAUCGAAAGUUAAACAUCAUUGUUAGUGAUUAUAGAUACAGUGUCCCAAAAUGCUUUUGCGACUAGUUUAAUACUUUUAGAGUAAAAUUUAAUCUUUCAGGCAUACAUUUUUCUUUAGCAUGAGAAGAUACGAAAAUUUGAUGUAAUCUAAAAUUGCCAAACUGUUAUAGUCGCUAAUUGCUGCUAGUCUCUCCUUAACUACAGCAAUACUAAUGGAUAACCGUUACUUGUUGAUGGAAUAAAACUAAAAUUAUUCGUUAAUAAUAUUUGAAGAAUUCGAAUGACGUAUAAGCCAACAAAAUUAACAUGUAUGAAAUUUUUCUUUUUACAUGAUCAGUUAUUCCAUAACUUGUGAAUAAAAAUGUUUUUAGAAAAUAAAAUAAAUUAUUCUCGUCUAAUAAAUAAUCUUUCAAUUUAUUUAAUGAAUCAAAAAAGUGGUCGAUAGAAAAGAACCAUUUAAAAUUCACACAUCCGAUUGUUUUGUUAUUAAAAAUUUCAUUUUCAUAGAUUAUACAAGUAAUUGGUAUUAAGUAAACACUUCAUUUUUUCGAUUAUCCAUAACUUCAUUAUUAAAUAAGUUUCGCUUAUCAAUAAUAAGUCGCUGGUUGAAAAAUUACAAUAAGAAGAAGAACAAAAAUUACUAUCGAUACAAUUAUACCACAAAUAGGCUGUUUAUGGUAAGGCAUAGUUUUGGGCCCGAUCGUUACAAAAGCUCUGUGGUGUGUGACAAAGUUGCCACGUUACUUGUAUCGUAAAUUACUAUUAUUAAAUUUUGGUAGAAAGUGGCGUAAUUUUUUUGUAAUAAUUAAUUAAGGUUGAGUUGAAAAAUAACUCAUAAUAGUUUAUGAUUUUGCACAAUAUAUUGAACAUCAAAUUUUAAGUGCAUGAGGUGAAUGUACGGAACGCAAGUUAUUGAAUUCAAAAUUAUAAAGAAAAAUGAAAUGUCUGCUAAAGAUAUUAUUGACGAAAAAUGCAUAUACAAAAGACAAAAGUGCUUCUAUAAUGGUCGUACGUAAAUAUAUAUUAUAUAAAUUAUAACAAUAAUAUCAUAUAUUUAAUAAGGACAGAAAGUAAGAGUUAAAUGAUGUUAACAUCUCAAGUUAGCUGAACAAAAAUGCAUCAGAUUCAAGUUAUAUAAUAUGUAGAAAUAAGUCGAUGAAAUAGUAGCUUGCUAUAUUGCAUUUGAAUUAUUGUGACAACAAUUUUUCUUUAUUACUUUUGUUCAAGCGCUUAUUUUAAUAGAGCAUUAAAAGUUACAUGCGCUCAACAUGUCAACAAUAAUGUUAACUAAUUUUUAGAUAAUGUUGAUUUCACUGCCCAGCGAGAGAAUUAUUAAAAAAAAAUAGGCUUUCUUAAUUUAAGUCAUUUUGAGUUCAUUUAAUGUGCUUAUUGAUUUAAUAAUGUAUCAACAAUGUAGAUUUUGAAAGCUUUUAAAAUAUUAAAAAUUGAUAUAAAUUUUCAUUAUAAUUUAGGAGAAAAAUAAUAGAUAGUAUUGUUACAAAAAAUGAAUAGUUAUCAUUUAUUUACGAUAUGAUUGAUGUAAAACACUUCCACGUUGAUCUGGUCAUAAGUGUAUUACCCAAUUUGAACUUCUAGCGUAAAUAACGAUGAUUAAAGUUGAUAAUUAUUUGAUGAAAUUCCUGAAAAAAAUCGACCAUAUGCAUCUCUUGAACAUAAUACAUAAGCAUUCAAAUUAGUUUGUUGAGAGAUUACUUUUCACUUAGGAGCGUCUAAAUAAUCUGAAUAUUUCUGAUAAAACUCUAGUCUCCUUUUUAUUGUUGUAUUUUUUAUUUUUUUAUCGAGGCAUAUUUUAUCAGAAUUGCAUUGAAUAAAAAAAUAAGAAAAUAAGCUGUGUGUAAAUAAAUUCAAUCACGCGGACGAUGAGAAAGUUUUGAUUAUUUUCAAAGUGAAAAUAAAUUGUAUAUUUUUAUCACUAUUAAUACUUCAAUAACCCUUUCACAUCGAUGAUUUGAUUAGACUUUUACGAUGUGAGUUCUGAUAUGUGAAAUCAGCUGCUAUUAUAACAUUCCAAUUAAACGAAAAUCAAUCGUAAAGGAAUAUAUUUGUGAACUGUUAAAAAAAGUUUCUGGCUGAAAAGUCUGUGCUAAAUUAACUUAAAAAUAAAUGUAAAUUAUCUAAGGACGAAAACCAAUUCUGUUAAAUGCCGUUUGUGGUAUAACUGGCUAUAAUUAUAAAAAAUUGUACCUUGUACCUACUAGUAAAUUUUGAAUUGAGAUAUCAAUAAAUAUCAUUUGUAAAUUGGUUUUUUCUGAUAAAAUGUAUCAUAAAAAUCCAUUUUUCAGGAUCCAUACUUUUAAUUGAAUUCAACUAAAAAUAAAUGAAAUUAUUUAUUGUGUUAAA